GAGCUUUAUUAAGGUUCUCAUAGGUCUGAUUUCUCAGACAGGAUAAAGCAAGUCUUAUCAUGCGCAGAAGGAUGCCAUUUGUAGGCGCAAUUUAGCGACAAGCAACUCUGUUGAUUGGGAAAUGUGUUCUUGAUAAGAAAAUAAGGUUGGCGUAGCCAUAGGUGAUAGAUAAAUAGUGCAGUAAAGUAUUUAAUAAACAGAUGCUGCUAUUCGGCAUCUUCGCCAUGUGGCCUUCUUUUACUAACGAUGCAUGCGUGGUAUAAAGCCAGCUAUAAAGCACUAUGAGAAACCCUGCAGGAAAGUUGUAUAUUUGUACAAUGUAAAGCUUCUUUUAUGCUGUACGUGGAAAUUUGCAACUGCAAUUUCAAAAAGCUUUAGCACAUGCAGCGUUCACUGUGUAAACAGCCUAGAAUGCAGCAGCUACAGAGACUGCUUUUGUUCAUAGCUGUAGCAUUUUUGUGGUUAAUAAAACAGGUUUAACUGCACCUGAACAGCUGUUCAGCUCAAAUGUUGAGAUAUAUUUGAUAGUUGGAUCCUCUUGUCUCAGUACAGUUGUUUGGGUUAGUAUCUGAGUGUGAUUACUGUUUUUACAAUGUUAUUUCUUUCACACCUGCCGCUACAAUUUUGUGGGUAUUAAAACAGGUUAAACUGCACCUGAACAGCUGUUUAGCUUAAAACUGUGAAGUACAUAGUAGUGAUAGUGAUCGACAGAUUACUCAACUAUCGUAAUAAAUAAUCAUAAUUAGUUUUAGCCCAAGCUCAAUGGGUAGUUUGCUAGAUUAGAUACACACCUAAAGAGACACACUUUGGGCAAUGCGACAAAAAAACUUUGUCUUCUGCAUAUUAAAACGCAGGGAUAGACUAUGUUUUCCUUUCAGUGGGCUCAGCUUAACCCCUUUCUGGAAAACUGGGCCUUAAAAGAGUUGAAACUCUCUACUUUCUAAAUAGUUCCUCCGGCUAGGUGAUCUUAAAGAAAGUGACGGCACUCGUCAGACAGUGUUGCGUUCUGAUAUUAUUUUAAAUGGAAUUGAAAAUCAGUUGGAUUGAUGGAUUUUGUUACGCUGCAUAAAGUAAAGCAUUCUGUUCUGCUGGCAGUGUGGAUCAGUAUGGCCUUUGCUGCAAAGGUUGUUUGAUAAAGUUCUGUACACCACAUUGUGCCACCACAUUACAGUUCACCAUGGGAGGUGCACACCGGUGGGAUUCUGUUGUUCAGUUGGUACAGAGAUAUGCUAGCAUCAGCAAAGAAGGGAAAUUCAAAAUUACGAUCUUGUCUUUACACAUAAGUAUAAUAAUACUACCUAAGAACUUUUGUUUUACCUACAUUUUUAAAAAAGAUAUUAAAAAUGGUGCCUUAAAUUAGGUCACACCUCUUUUUGAGACUGAUUUGCAUACCUUAAUGUUUUAAAAUCUUUUUUUUCUAAUUACACAAAUUAUUUUUUUUCUACUAAGACAGAAAGGUAAUAGUUGGAUCUGUGUACAGUAGGGAUGAGUGGAAUUAUUUUAUCACUUCUUUAUUUUUAUAUGUGACCAUUGACCUCAGACCAACAUUGUCUUAUUAGGCAACUAGUGGGAUUAUUAGUGCUUGGUCAGCGUUUUUAUAUUUGAAGUUAUAAUGCCAAACAUAUCAUAUGUGAUACAUUAAUUCUUGAGCCCUCCACGUGAGCAGUGUUAGUUUUUUUUUUUUUUUUCUGAAAAACCAAAUGUAUACCAUGAGGUACAUGCAGUGCACAGAUAAUUCAACAGGGGGCAGUAAUUUAUCCACUAGAGGGCUCUUCAGUGAUGCUACAAGAUUGCUGUUAUUAAGGAACAGGAGGACACAGGUGGUUUUUGAAGAAGAACUUUGCCAAUUCUGACAAGGUUAAGGUAAGAAAAUCAUUAUUUUUUAUGGAGUAUCAAUAGGAACAGUUACUGGAUUGAUGCAAUGUAAAAUUUCAUAAUAUAUGUUUUAGUAAAACCGUGUUGAAAAUGAUGUAUUAAAUUUGAUACAGCGGGUAUAUAAGGUCAUGUAAAUCAAUCAAUUAUCAUUUUAUUGUGUUUCUUGCAUUUUACAUAAAAAAUAUUAUUAGCAUUAGCUGCUUACUCCAGUGCUAGCCCUUGAGGUGGUUAGCGGCUAAUGCUGCUCCAGCAGUGCUAGUCGGGGUUAGCAGCAGGCUACAGGCUGAUAAUACUCACCUCUGAAUGGCGAAAGAGCAAUCGCUUAGCGUCUAAUGCUAAUACUGCUUCAAUUACAGGCCUGCAGAACUAAACUGAAACUAGUUUAUAAUGCUGUACUUCAGCGGAGUGGCUUUACUGCUCCUUACAAUUUGACGGGUAAAAUUCAAACAUAAAGGUGCCCUGCGUUACAAGGCACAAUGGUGAAUUUGGGAAAUUUAAGAAUUUUAAGUGUGCCUUAUAGUGUGAAAAAUACGAUAAAUGUUUAAAUUACUUAAAUUGGUACAUUUUAGAGCAAAAAAAUUGAUACUUAACUUUCUGUAUCAUGAUCGAUGACUAGUUGAGUGUUGCGAUACUACAAUUACUAGUAACUUCUUUUUGCUUACUGAUUUUUACCGAAAAUAAAAGGAAAAAUACACAGUAAUCUGUUUAUUGUUUGUAUAUGUGUUCUUAGAUGGCAAAAAAAUACAGUGUUGAAGAUGCUUUGAAGAGGAUUUUGGAUGGAAAUUCUAUAUUCCAAGUGACAUCAGAAAAUCACAUCUACGGUGCUAUAUGCCAGGAAAACCACACAAGUGGGGGUUCAAGAUGUGGGGAUGUAUCGGGCAAAGUGGCUAUCUCUAUGAUUUUGUCCUGCGUCAAGGAGGAGAAAAUCUCGAUGAAAAGAAGUCUGAUGUUGGUUCUACAGAAGAUGUUGUCCUGAAAAUGACAUCAAUCCCUCCAGCAGGAAGAAAUCACAACGUUUUUGCUGACAACUUCUUUACAUCAGUUCCUUUGGUGCAGCACUUAAAACAAAUAGACAUCUACUACAUAGGCACUGUCCGAAUGAACAGGGUGAAGAACUGCCAACUGUUGGAUGAGAAAAAACUGAAGACAAAGGGAAGAGGGUCUAUGGAUUUCAGAGUAAACCAGGAAGACAACAUCAUUGUAAAAUGGUAUGACCACAAAGCUGUGAACCUGCUCUCUUCUUUUGUUGGCAUUGAGUUGAACCACUGGGCAAUGUGAAGCUUUGGGAUCAGAAAACAUAAUGGUUCCCAGACCAUAUCUUAUUGAUAUGCUAUCUGCACUCUACAAGUUCAGCUUCAAAGAUGGUACAUCUACAUUUGGUGGCACACUGUUACAAUGGCAGUAAUCAAUGCGUGGAUCCGCUACCAAAGAGACCUGAAAGAGACCUGGCCCUGCAAAGUUUCAGGUGUGGCAGAUCAUUGUCAUCUCUAGAAACAAUGCCAACCCCUCACCGGAAGAAGAAAACCCUUGAUGCCCCCUGAUGUGAGAAAGGACAGCCUUAAUCAUUUCCCAACAUGGGGAAACCUGACAGAGAUGCAAGCACUGCAUAGACCACUUUGCUUACUGUGAGAAAUGCAGAGUGCAUCUUUGUCUGAACAAGGACAGAAACAGUUUUCAAGCCUACCACCAUGCAAAACGAAAAGGUUGUGAACUGCAAAUGAGUAAAAAUUACUGAAAUGUUACAUCUUCCUGAUUUCCACCCUGCCAGUUCUGUUGGAGUAUUUCACAUUCACACACUUUGGAAUUCCCAAUUUGUUUGUGUAUUACUUUUUUAGUUCAAGAAAAAAUCAUUUUGGACACCCGUUGUGUCAAAUAUGAUUUAAAUGUAAUCUAUAUUUUUUGUUUAUUCAGAAGGACCAAUAAAGGCUCCAGUUUCAAAGAAUUUGAAUUUUCUGUCACUUAUUUAAUGGUUUGUGCUUUACACAUGGUUAAAGAUGUGUAUAUUUUAAGAGUCAUUGUUCAUUCCAAAACUACUAUAAUUGCUUUUGUUCUGUCAGACACGUUUUUCCCAUUUAAGCAACUUAUUUAAUUAAGUGUUGCUCAGUUCUCAAACUGCGUUACCACUGAUUAGGAAAAAUAUAUCGGGCACCACUUUGAGAACUGCUGGCUGAGCAGAUACUUAGUAGCUGUUAGUAACUGUAAUUAGUCUGUAAAAAAUAAAAGCUUCCAUAUGAGUUAGUUAUUGGUUUGUUUUAAUUUGAUAGCAGUAGGGGUGGGCAAUAUUGCCCUAAAAUAAUAUCACAAUAUUUUAUGCUAUUUUCGUGAAAAGAUACUCUGAAUUAAACACUGAAUUAAAAACAAUGAUUUCAAGAAUCACUACUCUAACAAAAUGAAAAUUUUAUGUAGUUAUUGCAUUCUAUAUGAUAUGGCACACCCCUAACUGAGAUAUAAAAAAAUACAAGAAUUUGAUCAGAUUUGUAACAAAAAUCAAUGAUUCAGAAUGUCAUGAUACUAAUAAGGCACUCCAAAAAUCUCCAUGUAUCUAGGAUUAUAGUAAAGUAAAUGAUACUGGACAGAUAUAAUCUGUCUCUAGUAGAUAUAUAAUGGGAAAUGAGAACAGUGUGAAUUUUUCUUUCACUAAAAACAGCAGAACAGAAGUACCCUGAUGUGAUAAUUAGGGGUGGGUGAUAUAGCACAAUAUUUAAGAGUAAAAUAUCGUUCACGAUAUUCAAAAAUGUUCAAAAAUGCGAUACUAUUGUGUACGAUACGAUAUAGCACACCCCUAGAUAGCAGUUAUAUAAACCUGUGAGGAACCUUGAUCCUUAAAUGAUUUUGUACACACAGUAUGAAUGAGCAAUAUGACUUAAAAUCAGUAUAACAAUUCAUUAUAUACUGUACCUCAAGAACGAUUCAUGAAUGAUGGCAUUUUUGCUUUUCUUAUUUAAUUUUUUUGUGUUACUAAUCAUAUGGUGGUAAGUUUGUACAGGGAGAGUAUCUUAACACACACACACACACACAGUAGGGCAAGUAUUAUCAUUAAAAAUAAUAAUAAUACACUGACCGAUUGCAUUAUUUGUCUUUUCCGAUACAUUUUUGGGUCAUAUGUUGAGUAUAAUUCAAGAAUUCUAUUAAAUACUUGUCUAUGUAGUUUAAGUGCGCUAUUUAUUUCAAAGGUUUUAACUUCACUAAUCAACGAACUGAUGCUAAUUUUCCACACAGGUAACUUCUUCUCAUUUGUUUACUUCAUUCACAAGUAAAGAUGUGGGGAAAGUAUAUCCUACUGUAUUUUUCCCACUUUAAGGCGCACAAAAUCCUUUUAAUUUUCCCAAAAAUCGACAGUUCAGUAUUAGCAUUAGCCGCUAACUGCAGUGCUAGCCCUAUAUUGGACUGUAGUCUGCGUGUUUAUCGUGCUAAAACAAGCUACGUGGGACGGAGCGCUAGUUAAUAGCGCUCUGAGUUACCAAAACACUCAGGGUUCCUCAGUCUGUCGCUAUUGGGUGGCGUUUAAUAGCGCUAAGCGCUGCUAACCGCACUUCUGCUAACCGCACUUCUGCUAACCGUGGCUAGCGCUGCUGCUAACUGUGCUAAAAUAUUGGAAAUCUAAGCUCACCGAAAAUAAACGAAAGCACUUUACUUACCCAAAUAAACAGUUUUCAGGAGAAAUCUGUGUAGAUUAACAUCCAUCACUCGUUUGCCUUUUCUAAGAAUUACAGUCUGUUGGAGGAUCUGCUAGAAAGCAUUUAGUAUUUGCUGUUUUUAGAAAUACAGUCACUGAACAGAGGUGCAAACAAUUUUUCUACCCCCAUUGCCUGCAUUAGCCAAUAAAAGAAAAUGGACAGAAAAACAAGUGGAUGGCAACUAAAUGCUGAAAUUAUGUGACCCAAAAGGGCAGAAAACCUAAAUAAGUAAGAUUGCUUUUUUUUUUUUUUUUUGGACUGCUCAAAUGUUAAAUGUAACUGGGCAAUAAAUAUUUUUAAAUUAGUAACUUUUUUUUAACAUUUAGCCUAUUUAAUGUAUGUAGUGCAAAAACAAAUUGGUAUGCAACUUUUUAUUGAUUAUUAAUUAAUUGACAGCUUCGGGUAACCAGCGUAAGCCUGUUAUUUUUUGAUCAAUCUUUGUAAAACUGGACUGCUAUUCAACACCUGAAUCUGAAUAUCAAAAGGUUUUAUGAGUGAUUAAUAAACAUUUAUCCAGGAUAGAAUUAGAACAACUCUGCAUAAACCCCUUUAAACGUACCAGUACAGCUGAAGUAUGUUUUACUGACAUCUUGAUCAUAGCAGGAGUGUUUCUGCUGCAUAUUUUGUUCUUAAAGUGAGAUUGUUACCGUUUUUGUGAGGAAAAAUGUUGCUUCAGGAGACAUCGCAAUCUGUUAACAUACGUGCUUAGAUAACAUACUAGACUAUAGUAAAUGAUACCUGUAAAAUAUGGCGGUAGCGUACCAAGAUUUUUGUGUGAAAACACUAUUGAACAGAGGGAUACCAGUCAGCUCGUUGGACACUGAAUGCUGAAAGCAAAGACGAUGCUUCGCAGAAACAGACGUAGAGUAGAGCCCAGCAUGGAUGGAAUUUCUACAGAGAAAAGCUUCAUGGUGGAGUCCCUCUUGAAAUCGUGCAAUUUCAGACAAAAACUGAGGUACAACGUAAGUGUGGAAGAACUCAAGCGCCGGGUUGGACCACCUGAGUUCAUGUCAAUAAAUGGGCUUGUGUCGCAUCUUCGGACGUCUCAAAGCAAUAAAGUCUCCCUGAGGAAAGUGUUAACAGAUGUGGGGGUAGUUCCGUCCCAGUCUACUCGCCUUACAUCCCUGUGUUCCAAACUAACAGAAGAUGAGGCCGCAGACCUGGCAACGGACCUAGAAAAGCUUGCGUGCAAUUUUAUUGAUUUUAAAAUGGCUGCUGAGGCUCGGCGGUCAUCCGGAGAUAAGACGACAGAAUUGUCGAGAACAAAAGCUUUUCGAGAAUUCUUGGCCCAAACUAAAAAAGCACUGAUUCCAUUCAUGAGCUGGUAUGAUACAGUAACUCAUGGUCUGGGUCCAAAGGCUUUUGGCAUCACUGUACAGAUCAUGGACACAUACUUGAACCAAGUAAUACAGCAGCUCUCAGAGGAUCUGGGAAGCUAAUAUAAAUGGACAGACCAUCUGCACACAGUUUGAUGGACGUACCAGACUGAUCUUUAAAAAAAAAAAACACGUCAGUCAAUUUUUUGUACACUUUUGUUUGCUAUUUUUAUUUCAUAUUGAAAUAACACUAUAGUAUUCAUCAUAAUAAAAUGAUUUGCACAGGUAGUCAGUCGUGACUUAUCAUUAGUGUUUUUUUAAUUAUUUAUUUGUUUAUUAAUGUUUUUGAUUAUUUUUGUAUACAUCUCUUAUUAACUUUCCUUAGGUCUUCUGCACGCUGUGUAAAUUUUACCCCAAAAAGUUUAACUCAGAUUUUGUGUUUCAGGAAUUUUCCUGGUCUGUAAUCAGAAAAUUAGGAGUGCCUGUCACGUGGAUGUGUAUAAACAUUUUAGUUAUUUAGUAAAUAUGGCUGAAUUGUACCAUGAUUACCUCAGUGCUAUUCCAGUGUACAUUAUAGUUCAAAGUAUUUGUGGACAGCCAUUGUCCAUCUUCUCCUCUGCUGUGACUGAUAGCAGUUUAUGUUUGUAAGCAUGUUGUAGCCUCAUGGCAUUAGCCAGCACUAGUCUGGGUCACUUUACUCAUCUUAAAAACACUCAUUGCUUUAACAGCCCAUUUGCUGGUUGUGAUGAAUUAGCUGCCUAGCUGAGAUUUAGCUACGUGUUAACCAGUGCUAAACUGUUCAGGAGACACUUAGCAUCUGUCUUGUAGUCCUUCUGGGCUCAGUCAUAGAGCUCAUAGAGCUCUUGAAGAUCUAUGAAGAAGGAUGCCAAAUCUACAGCAUACUGUGUUAACCUGCUAUUGUUUGCCAUACCUCAGUCAGAUUUCUUAAUCUAAUUAUUAAACCUUGCUAAAGCUUGAGGGUGUUUUCACAGCUGUAGUUUGUUUCUGUAGUUUGUUUCGAAGAUGCAUCAGAAUGCACAACAACAAACCAUGUGAGCACAUUCCCUCUGAAAGUUGGUCAGAGCUGUCUUGGGCGGGGCUAGAAAGUAAACGCAGAAAGGUCCUGUGUUCUUGACUAGCCUGUAAAUAUGCGCAGUGUUAAGCUGCUGUAACACUAACUGCAGAAAACUGGCAGCAAUUUCAAUGGCAUGGCAGCGUAGACAAUUUGUUUUUGUGUAGUUGCAUUGGUAAACAGAGUUGCGCCAGCAUGAGCAGUAAGCCCUGCAUAUACAGUGUUCACCGUAAAAACAGCUCAUCAUUGAGCAGAAGCAAGGGCAGCAUUUAUUUAUUUAUAGCUGUAGUAAAUACCUGGGUGGUAAAUCAGGUUAAACUGCACCUGAACAGCAGUUUAAGCAUGAGGAGUAUAUUUGAUAGUUGGUAAGGAUUGAACAAAAUGAACUAAACUCCUUUUUUAACUAGACCAAAUAGUGUUGGUGUGAAAACUCAAAAUGUGCUGUUUACAUGACUACAUGAAUAGUUAGAUAACUGCAGUAAUCGUAUUAUGAACAUGAUUGUAAAUGCACUCAAUGAUUGACCAUGUGAUCCAGUAUGAGUGACUAUAUAGUGUGUAUGUGUGUGUGUGUGUGGUGUAUAGCAUAGUUUAUCUAAAAAACGUUAACUCUUGCCAUAAAAAAAAUAUAAUUGUGAAAUAAAUAAAUAAAUAUGGUCACUGUUUCCUAAGCUUGUUUUUGGGACGCCGCUACUUACUACCUUGGACGAUUUCGCUCUCGAAUUCAUUUUACUCCAGCACAUUCUGCUCAUUAGUUAGUUGUCAGGAUCUUCAUGAGCUAGAUGUAAAAAUGGUUAGGACAGUAUAUAGCCUAGCAGUGUUUCGUGCUAACUAGAGGUUUUUG